UUUUCCAUAAAAAUCUUAAUCUGUGUAAAGAGUGUAAAGAAAACGAGAUUUCCGUAUAUAAUUGCUGCAGCAUGAUGAUAAUUAUAAAAAAUGAGAAAUCGAGUGGUGGGGUGAUGAAUAAGUAUGGCGGAACGAGAGCCAUCAGUGUACGAAGUUGUUCUUUACGCUCAACGUUUCACCGAAACUUGUGGCGCUUUAGUUUGGAAGGUUAUGGAUUAAAGCUUCGGGGUGUGGCAUCGUAUUGUUGUCUAUAAAAUGAAAAUACUUUGUGCUAAUUAUGCCGCAUAGCUCUAGCGUUUCCGCUAUUAUAAAAUCUGUCGAUAAAGUGAAAACAGUGAUUGUGAGUUGUCGUUUUCGUGUGUUUCAAACCUAUACAAUCUCAUUCUGAGGGUAUCAUAUUUUUCAAAAGAAAAAUAAUAAACAACUACAAGAAUCAACGACUGGGAAGUCAUCUUCAGGGUCAAUUACAUAUCGGUUCAUUGUCUUUUAACCUCCAGCACCUCGAGUGAGUCAUGUUGUGACAAGUGUUUUUAAAUGUGUGUUUGACAAUGCGAUUUCAGACACGUCAAUCUAAUUAUCGUUGACGCAUUAAUAAAAAAAAAAAUAAAGACACCACUUUUUAAAAAAAAGCGGUGAAUUCCUUGCUCUGCAGCAAAUUUGUCGAUGAAAUCAAAAGCUCCAUACACUUCGUGGGAUGUUGAGCGUUACCACCCCCACUCAGCUCCACGAAUAUACCGAGAUGUCUCGGUUAGCCGACUACUUCAUAGUCGUCGGCUACCAUCACGAAAAAGAGAGAGGUGGAAUUAGCAGUGGCAUAAUAUUACAAAGGUUUCCAGAAAAAGAUUGGCCUGAUACUCCAUUCAUUGAAGGCAUAGAAUGGUUUUGUCAACCUCAAGGAUGGGCCUUGUCGACCGAAAGGCAGGAACCUCGAUUUUACGUCGCAAUAUUAACCGACAUAGAUGCAAAUCGUCAUUAUUGUGCUUGUAUGUGCUUCAACGAAACUGUCUCGAUAACACCCAGCAAACCCGUCGACGAAGAAGAGGAUCCCGUCGAUGGUGUGAAUCGUGCUCUUGUGAAAGCAAUCCCAGCUGUUUCACAUCACAGUAUCAUGUAUGCACCAAAAUGUUUAGUUCUCGUCUCCAGACUUGAUUAUAUAGAAACAUUUCGAAAUUGUUUGGGAAUAAUUUACACCGAUUAUGUGGAAAAUCUUGGAAUACCUUUAGAGACAUUGGUGGGAAAUAUUUUGGGAUGCAUACAAGUUCCACCGGCUGGUGGACCACAAGUACGAUUUAGCAUUGGUGCCGGAGAUCGACAAGCAUUACAGCCUCCAAUUAGUCCCUCUUUACCUAUAACUCAUACCAGCGUCAAUUUACUAUUCAUGCAAUUAGGAAUCAGAAAUGUCCUUGUACUGUUUUGUGCAGUUAUGACGGAACACAAAAUUCUCUUUCACUCAUCAAGCUAUUCACGUUUAACGGAAGGAUGUCGUGCUCUCACAGCUUUAAUGUAUCCAUUCAAAUAUACCCAUGUGAAUAUUCCCCUAUUGCCGGCUGCUUUGAUUGACUUUCUCGACACUCCAACACCAUUUAUAAUGGGUGUUCAUAGUUCAUUGAAACAUGAAGUUGCUGAACUCUUGGACGUGAUUGUCGCCGAUUUGGAUGGCGGUUCAUUAAUGGUACCAGAUGGUGUAUCGUUAUCACUUCUUCCUGAGCCGCUAUUGUCACAAACUCAAGAUGCAUUAUCAAUGGUUUUACAACCUGAAUUGGCCUGUGCGGAUUACGCUUUUCCUCCACUCGCAACAAGAGCUCCUCAUCCACCAAUGUUGGACAAAGAACUUCGAGCUGUAUUUAUGCGAACAUUUGCUCAACUAUUGCAAGGCUAUCGCAGUUGUUUAACAUUGAUAAGAAUACAUCCAAAACCUGUCAUCACAUUUCAUAAAGCGGCAUUUCUUGGCGAAAGAGGCCUAACUGACUGUGAUUUUACAACAAGAAUUUUGGAUUGUAUGUUUUUCACUUCAUUUAUAGCUGAACGUGGACCACCAUGGAGACCAUGUGACGUAUGGGAUGAACUUUAUAGUAAUUUUAGUGAUCAUUUAAAACAAGAAUCACAAGAUCAACGUUUAAUAUUAACGCAUAUUCAAGAAUUAGCGCAACAACUUUAUACAAAUGAAAAUCCAAAUCCCCAGCCUUAUGUACAAAAAAUUCUUAAACCACCAGAAGGUGCAUUCGCAAGAAUACAUCAGCCAAUGUUGCCAAGAAUAAAUCCUGAGAAUGUACAAGCAAUAAUUGACGAGGGUUUAGCAAAAAGUAAUCUUAAAGUGAGAUUAUCAUCGUUAAGGCCAAUACAACCACGAAUUGUUCCAAUGGGACCACACAUAUCGAUAACACACGAUACUAGACAUUUAGUUAGUAAUUCAGCGCGACGUCUUGAGGUACUUCGCAAUUGUAUUAAUUGUAUAUUUGAGAAUAAAAUUUCCGAUGCAAGAAAAACAUUUCCAGCUGUAUUACGCGCUUUAAAAAGUAAAGCAGCGCGUUUAGCAUUGUGCAUGGAAUUAUCGCAACAUGUCGUUGGUAAUAAGGCAAUGUUGGAACAUCAACAAUUUGAUUUAGUAGUGAGAUUAAUGAAUUGUGCAUUACAAGAUGAUUCAUCAAUGGAUGAGCAUGGUGUUGCCGCAGCACUUUUACCACUUGCAACUGCAUUUUGUCGUAAAUUAUGUACAGGUGUAAUACAAUUUGCCUAUACUUGCAUUCAAGAACACGCUGUUUGGCAAAGUUUACAAUUUUGGGAAGACGCUUUUUAUCUUGAUGUACAAAAGGAUAUUAAACGAUUAUAUUUACCUGGGGAAAAUACACCGCCACGACAAAUUAAUGAGAGUAUAUUAAGUCCAAUUAGUCCACGUGAAAAUAAAGAUUUUCCAUUUCGUGAACGUGGUUAUCGUGUUCAAGAGCCAUCGGCAUUAGAAAUUGCCGCUGAACAAAUGAGAAUAUGGUCAUCGAUAAAUGGUGAUAAACAAAAGGAGCUUAUUGCAAGUGAAGAGAGUACAAUGUACAGUCAAGCGAUUCAUUAUGCAAAUCGAAUGGUUUAUUUAUUAGUACCACUUGAUAUUAGCACAAAAACACAUCGACAGGAUCAUGUUUAUGAUGAUGAGAGAGCAAGUAAUAGUAUAACAAAUAGUGUGGCGAGUGAUAGUGGUGAUGCUGAAUCGGGAUUUGAAGAAGCCGAUCCUGGUGAGACUGGUGCUUCGGUGAUAAGAAUGGUGUCGCGAUUUGUUGAUCGUGUUUGUACGGAAGGUGGUGUGAGUACAGAGCACGUGAGAUGUCUUCAUCAAAUGGUACCCGGUGUUGUUCAUAUGCAUAUCGAGACACUUGAGGCAGUUCAUCGUGAAAGUAAACGUUUACCACCGAUACAAAAGCCAAAGAUAUUGACACCAAACAUGCUACCAGGUGAGGAGGUCGUUAUGGAUGGUCUUCGUGUUUAUUUACUACCAGAUGGACGCGAAGAAGGUUCAGCGGGUCUUCCAAAAACACCACCACUAUUGCCAGCUGAGGGUGCGAUAUUUCUCACAAAUUAUAGAAUUGUUUUCAAAGGUAUACCAUGUGAUCCUUUUGCCUGUGAACAAUUGGUCGUUCGUUCAUUUCCCGUUACUUCUUUGACAAAGGAGAAACGUGUUUCGGUUCAGCAUCUCGCUCAUUUGGAUCAAUAUAUACAGGAGGGUCUACAAUUACGAUCGUGUACAUUUCAAUUAAUUAAAUUAGCCUUUGAUGAAGAGGUUACACCGGAGAAUAUUGAAACAUUAAGAAAAUUGGUUCAAAAAGCCCGAAAUCCACCACAUAUUUUUCAUCAUUUUGCCUUUAAUGGACAGGUACUAGUCACACCGACGACUCAUCAUAAAGGCAAGGAAAAGAAUGCCACACUCAAGGGAUUUGCCAAAAAAACACUAUUGAAAACGGCAAGAAAAGCGGGAUUCAAACCUAAACAAUCAUCAAAACGACAAAAAUAUGUAUUACCUAAUAUGAAUCUCACGAAUAGUAAUAAAUACAUGACAUCACCUGGUCGAAUGAGUCUUCCAAUGACAGAAAAUAAUGACAUGAGCCAUGAUGAUGAUUUAAGUGUCGACGAAUUUGAAAUACCGGGUAUAAUACCCGCGCAACCUUUAACUGAUGCUAAAACACUUGAGAGAUUAUCGGAACGAAGUUAUGUUCGUGAUUGGUAUCGUUUGGGUUUAUGUUCAUCGCGACCGCAAAAUAAUCGACGUAAUGAACCAUUUCGUUUGACAUCGGCCAAUUGUGCCUAUAUGUUGUGUCGAAGUUAUCCGGCAUUAUUAUUAGUUCCUACUGCUGUGACAGAUGAUAGUAUUCGUCGUUUUUGUCGUUUAUAUAGACACAAUAGAAUUCCAGUUGUAACAUGGCGACAUCCAAGAACAAAGGCAUUAUUAAUACGUGGUGCCGGUUAUCAUGGUAAAGGUGUAAUGGGUAUGUUAAAAGCACAUCCAACAUCGGCUGGUAAUUUAAAAGCUACCUCAUCAGAAAGUACGUCUUCCUUGGAACAAGAAAAAUAUAUAAUGGCACUUGUUGCCGCGACACCUCUUUCAAUAUUACGACAAGGUUCAGCUUGGGGAAUGUCGGAUAGUUCAUUAAGUAUUGAUUCAUUAUUAUUGGCCGCUGAGGAUAAUCGAAAUAAUGCAACACCAGAACAAUCGCGACGAAAUAAUCAUUUUAAUAAAGCAAUGGGUAAUCUUGGCUCUUCCGGUGGUAAAGGACCAAAAAAUUUUGGACGUUGGGGAUCAUUGAAGGACAAAAGACACAGUUCACAAGCAUCAUUGUCUUCCGUUAAUCAACGUGGUACAAUACGUCAUUCUGCCGAUUCUGAUAGUGGUACUGAGUGUGUUCACACCUUUCAACGUGCUGCAUUGUACGUUCUUGGUGAAAAAUCAUAUAUGAAAGGUGUAAAGGCAGAGUCAGCGGCACCAAAAACAGAUUUCAUACCAGUUGAAUUUUAUGAUGUUCGACAUACGAAAGCUGCUUUUAAAAAGUUGAUGAAGGCCUGCGUACCCAGUUCACCAAGUAUCGAACCGGAUCAGAGUUUUUAUAAAUUAAUUGAGAGCUCCGAGUGGCUUCAUCAAUUGCAAAGUUUGAUGCAACUCGCCGGUGCUGUUAUUGAUUUAAUGGACGUUCAGGGUUCAUCGGUUGCUGUAUGCUUGGAAGAUGGUUGGGAUACAACAGCUACAGUUUGCUCAAUAGCUCAAGUUUGUCUUGAUCCACAUUAUCGAACAAUUGAUGGUUUUCGCACUUUAAUUGAAAAAGAAUGGCUUGGUUUUGGACAUAGAUUUGGUCAUCGUAGUAAUUUAGCGACAAAUUCACAGACAACUAAUUUUACGCCAACUUUCCUUCAAUUUCUCGAUAUUGUUCAUCAAAUUCAAAAACAAUUUCCAUUAGCAUUUGAAUUCAAUGAAUAUUAUUUGAAAUUUUUGGCUUAUCAUUCAGUGUCUUGUCGAUUUAGAACAUUUUUAUUGGACUGUGAAUUUGAUAGAGUUGAAUGUGGAAUCACUGCGGUUGAAGAUAAAAGAGGAUCGUUGACUAGUCAUCAUAAGGGAGUUGAUACUGGUAGUGAUGAUGAGACUGUUUAUCCUGGUGGACGAUUGGCAGGUACAAAUAUGGGAUGUAAUUUGGGUCAGAGUAUUUUUGAUUAUAUUGAAAAACAACAUGCAAGAUCGCCUUUAUUUUAUAAUUUUCUUUAUACACCAAAUUCGGAACAUCCGAUAUUGAGGCCUGUUUCUCAUUUACCGAAUUUGGAUAUUUGGAAUUAUUAUCUUGAGGAGGAAUUAGCGCAUGGACCCGCUUAUGAUUUGGAGAUUCUUCAGCAAGAUUCACAGCAGGAAGAAGAGGCUGAGGCUGCCGAUGGGAUUGUUAAAAGCAAUCGAAAAGUUGUAAUUCAAGGAUACAACAGCGUCAGUUCAAUGGUACCUGAUCAAUUUACUCAUUUAUUAGAAGAAAUUCACAAAUUAGAAACGGAACUAGGUCACUUGCCACAGAAAUGGAAAGUCCUUUGGGAUAAACUCGAGUUGCCCAAUACUGAUUCUCUCGCGAGACACGCGUCUUUCAGUACGGCUCUCGUUAGACAUCACGGUCGGCUCAUUCAUAAACGAUCCACAUUGGAAUUACUUUUAAGAGGGAAACUCGCUGGCGGAACUGCAACUGGAAAUGAGAGUUCUGUCUACGCUCAUCCACACAGAUUCGAGAGGUUGGAUUCUGCAACACCAACUCAUUGUGAUGCGUGCUCUGGAGUUUUAUGGGGACCAGUAAAAGCCGGAUUGAGGUGUGUUGAUUGCGGUCACGUUUGUCAUGACAAAUGUGCCGAUGCCGUACCGAAAAAUUGUACAAAAUACAAAGCCGUAGCUGACAAUUUACAAUCGCAUACUCUCACUCGAAGUGGUGGUGACAAUGGAAGCGUAAAUUCAAGUGUCACAACAAUGCAGACGACUUCGCAGCAGUACUACGAUCAAUUUUCUAGUAAUGUAGCUGAAAACAGAACACACGAGGGAUAUUUAUAUAAACGUGGUGCACUUCUCAAAGGUUGGAAGCAACGAUGGUUCGUGCUCGAUUCUAUAAAACAUCAAUUGAGGUACUACGACGCGAUGGAAGAUUCACAUUGCAAAGGUUACAUUGAUCUUGCCGAAGUUGUGUCUGUGACUCCUGCAGCGCCAAUGCAAGGCCCACCAAAGAAAACGGAUGAUAAAUCAUUCUUUGAUCUACGCACAAACAGGCGAACCUACAAUUUUUGCGCAGGUGAUGCGACAACGGCACAAGAAUGGAUCGAGAAGGUUCAAGCGUGCUUACAGUAGUGCCUCUGUUCUGAGUUUUUUUUUUUAAUUUUAAUUUUUAAAUCAUGGAAGUGACUGAUAGGAUAAUUUAAAUUUAAAUUUUGUUAAAUAAUUUUGUAUAGCUUAAUUAUAUAUCGAAGUAAUAGAUGUUUUUUAGGUGUUGCGAAUCUCGUGAAAAAUGAUAUAUAGAGUUUAAAGACAAAGACUAUGUGUCAGCAAAUACUGUUCUCAAUAUUAGAGUGCAGAUUAUUGUUGUACAUUAUCAUUCAUAGAAAUUUAAUUUUUAUAUGUUAACAAAAGAAAAAAAAAACAAUUGAGUGACAAUUGAAGAAAAAACAAACGAGAGAGAUUUAUCUGAAAGCACAUUUUUUUAGUUUUGUUUUUUAUAUUUUUUUUGACAAAAAAAAACAAACAAACAUAGUAUUGAAAAAUAAAAAGUUUAUUUAAAAAGUCUAACUUAUAAGCUUCGUAUAUCUGUCGAUAUAUCAUUAGAUUUAGUGGAGAACAGAAAAAAAAAAACAAUGAGCAUUGUCAUUUGAACUAUCAAGACGUAAUCUCAUUUAUAUUGAGAUGAAAAUAAUAUUAUUAUAGAUAAAAUAAAAACAAAAUGCAUGCUCAGCUUUUUGAAAUUGAAUUCGUCGCUAUAGGUAUACUUUGUUUUUAAAUUUCGAUGCGCUUUUUAAUUAUUAUGAAUUAAAAAUGGAAAAAAAAAUUAAAUGGUGAUGUUGGCAAAGAUAAUUAUUACAUGUUGUUUGUACACUAACUUCUGUGUAGCACAGAUGCCAUGAAGACUUAUUUAAUUUUAAGUAAUAUUCUAUAAUCAAAUCUUUAAAAAGAAAAGUACAGAUGGAAAUGAUUACACAGCGAAAUCGAUAUUUUUUGAAAAAAAAAAACAGUGGCAAACGCUUGUUCGCUUAGCUUUUGUUAUUUUUUAUUUUAUUUUAUUUUUUUUUUUUUUGUUAUAAAAACCCUUUUUGUACAUUCCCCUGUUUCGCGGAAACGAAAACUUCGCCUUAAAUGUUCGCUUUAGAUUUAUACGCAAUUAUGUGUUUACUUUUUAAACGAAAGUUGACUGAUACGCAAUUAUCUGAAUUUUGCAAAUAAAUUACAAUUUUUCGUUAA